GACCCGCCCUCACUCCCUCCCGCUGGGCUGCCGGACACGGACGCCGGGACAAGCCCCCGCCACACCGGCCUUGGCCUCCGCCCGCGGGUUUUCCGCGGUUGCGGCGGGCGGGGCGGGGGCGGAGCCUGCGACUAUUUGAGGCGGCGCCGAGCGGGCCGGGACAGCGGCGGCCGGCGGACACAGCCUGAGCCAGGGUGAUGCUGAAGAUGAUGACAUUCUUCCAAGGCCUUCCAGGCCAGCAGCCUGUGCCAGGGACCCUCGACUUACCCAGAAGCCCCAAAAAGUUGCCCUCCACGUCAGAGGCGGAGUCAGAGGCCUCCUCUGAGGACCUGGUGCCGUCCCUGGGGGCUGGGGUAGCCCCAGGCAAGGAGGAGGAAAAGGCUUUGAAGAAGAAGAAGAAGAAGCCAAAAGGACUGGCCAACAUGUUCAGCGUCUUCACCAAGGGGAAGAAGAAGAAGGGCCAGCGGGGCCCAGCAGAGCCAGAGGGCGACCCUGAGCCCAGGCCCGGGCUGGACGGCCCACUGCCCACAGUGGAGGAGCUCAAGGCGGCCCUGGAGCAUGGGCGACUGGAGGCGGCGCGGCCGCUGCUGGCGCUGGAGCGGGAGCUGCAGGCGGCGGCGGCGGCCGGCGGCGCGGGCGAGGAGGAGCUGGUGCGUCGCCAGAGCAAGGUGGAGGCGCUGUACGCGCUGCUGCGCGACCAGGCGCUCGGCGUGCUGCGCCGGCCGCUGGAGGUGGCACCCGAGCGGCUGCGCCAGGCGCUGGCCGUGGUGGCCGAGCAGGAGCGCGAGGACCGCCGGGCGGCGGCGGGGCCGGGGACCUCGGCGCUGGCGACCACGCGCCCGCGGCGCUGGCUGCAGCUGUGGCGGCGCGGCGUGGCCGAGGCGGCCGAGGAGCGCAUGAGCCGGCGGCCGGCCGCGGGCGCCGAGGGCCGCUCCGAGGCGGAGAUCGUCUUCCUGCACAUGGGUCGCACCAUGAAGGAGGACCUGGAGGCCGUGGUGGAGAGGCUGAAGCCGCUGUUUCCCCCCGAAUUCGGCGUGGUGGCCGCCUACGCCCAGAGCUACCACGAGCACUUCGCGGCCCAGCUGGCCGCCAUGGUGCAGUUCGAGCUGUGCGAGCGCGACACCUACAUGCUGCUGGUCUGGGCGCAGAACCUCUACCCCAAUGACAUCAUCAACAGCCCCAAGCUGGCCGGUGAGCUGCAGAGUGUUGGGCUUGGGAGCCUCCUGCCCCCGAAGCAGAUCCGGCUGCUGGAGGCCACGUUCCUGUCCAACGAGGCGGCCAAUGUGAAGGAGCUGAUGGCCCGUGCCCUGGAGCUGGAGUCCCAGCAUUGGGCCCAGAAUGCAGCGCCCCAGAGGUUGGAUGGCCACUGCCACAGUGAGCUGGCCAUCGACAUUCUGCAGAUCGUCUCCCAGGCCCAUGCCAAGGCGGAGAGCAUCACCCCCGACUUGGGCUCGCAGAUCAAGCAAGUGCUGCUGGUGGAGCUGGCCGCGCUCCUGCGGAGCUACCAGCGCACCUUUGACGAAUUUCUGGAGAGAUGCAAAAAGCUGAGUAAUUACAGGGCCAAUGUCAUGGCCAACAUCAACAACUGCCUGUCCUUCCGGACGUCCAUGGAGCAGAAGUGGCAGGUACCCCAGGACCCCCUGAGCCUCCUGCUGGGCCCCCUGAGUGAGCUCAAGCGUCACGGCUUCGACUCCCUGCUCCAGAGCCUGUUUGAGGACCUGAAGCCGCUGUUCAAGAAGUUCACGCAGACCUACUGGGCAAGCCCCGAGGAGACCCUGGAGAAAAUCAUUGCCACCGUGGGCAGGAGGCUGCCUGAGUUCUCAGAACUGCAGGACUGUUUCCGGGAGGAGCUCAUGGAGAGCAUGCACCUGCACCUGGUGAAGGAAUACAUCAUCCGCCUCAGCAAGCGCUGCCUGGUCCUCAAGACGGCCGAGCAGCAGCAGCAGCUGGCAAGGCACAUCCUGGCCAACGCCAAUGUCAUCCAGCACUUCUGCACCCAGAACGGCUCCGCUGCGACCUGGCUGCACCCUGCCCUCCCCACGCUUGCCGAGAUCAUUCGCCUGCAAGACCCCAGCGCUAUCAAGAUUGAGGUGGCCACUUAUGCCACCUGCUACCCCGACUUCAGCAAAAGCCACCUGAGUGCCAUCCUGGCCAUCAAGGGGAACCUCUCCACCAGCGAAGUCAAAAGCAUCCGGAGCAUCCUGGAUGUCAGCACAGAGGUGCAGGAGCCCUCCAGGUCCCUAUAUUCCCUUAUAAAGGUUGGUUAGCUUUUC